AUGGACUGCCCCAUAUGCAACUAUAGUGUGAGUCCCAUAAUAUUAAGGCCGCUGAGGUAUACAAUCUGCGGGGCUUGUUAUGAGGGAGCUCGAAGUCUCAUCGCUUUGAUUAAUAAGCUUCAUAAUGGUAACAAUGAUAAGGGCACAUCUAAAGCUAAUCAUGGGAUUGGGAAUGCACUGAAAUGGGUGAAGGAAAUGACAGAAGUAGAAGAAGAGUUAAAUGAGAAAGUGAGAUUUCUUGGAGGAUUUGUAUCCGCGUUUAAAGAUCAUAUUCAUACUGAUAUUAACGUCAAGCCUGGUGAUUUCGGACCCUCAAUUCCAGCUCACAGAGCUUUACUGGCAUCAAGGUCAUCGAUAUUCAAGAACAUGCUGGAGCCAGAUUCAUAUAUUACUACUGAUCAUCCACCAGGAGGCACUAUAACGCUUGCAGAACUCAACUACGAAGAGCUACAAUGUCUCUUAGAAUUUCUCUAUAAUGGUGAUUUGAGCAAAGAAAAAGUGGAGAAACAUGUUUACUCACUCUCAAUUGCAGCUGACAAGUACGAAAUACCCUACCUACAAAGGUUUUGCGAGAGUCAAAUGCUGAGAGGUUUGAACUUGUCGAAUGUACUCAACGUUUUAGAGAUCUCGGACACUUGCUCAAGUUUGAACUUGAGGGAGGAAGCCUUGAACUUCAUUGUUAGAAAUAUGGGGGACAUUAUUUUUUUGCCUUCGUUUGAGGAAUUUGCACUAAAGAAUCCACAUCUAACCGUACAGAUUACCAGAGCUUCGUUCUUGGAAAAUAAAAAUACCAGAAACGUGAUUUGAGAAUACUAGAAAUCAAAAUAGAGAUGUUUGCAUUUGUUAAUUAGUUGUUUAUAAUUUGAAACAGCUUGUAUUGCUGUGAGCGCUAAGGAGAUAUAGUGCUUGUUUUAUAUACCCUAAAUUAGUUCAGCAUGUCUCCUCUUACAAAGCAGGCACCUAAUUAAUCAACUGCUUGGACCAUCUAACUUAUAAUAUAACAUAGUAGUGUUUUGUGAACAGCUAAUGCAAAGUGCAUGUGUUAAAUGCAUAUAAGAGGGGACCAACCAAUAUUAGAAUAUAUGAUUUCAAUAUUUAACACUGAGAUGAAUUGAUUCUCUGCAAUGCUCCUAUAAUAUAUAUACCAGCU